CACCUCGUCAAUUGCAACAAUUACAACACCGACUAGUCCUGGCGCGUUCAGUUCAGAGUCGAGCACCAUCUCCGUCAACGCCAACAGACCCGGCCUGCGAGUCCACGCAACCUGUGGCCUCCCCCGAUGCACUCUCGCCAGAAACCCAACGGCAAUUGAAUUUCUCAUGCCGUCGCCUCGGAUAGGGCUGACAACUGGCGUCGCGAAUCCUCUCACGCAUCUAUCAGUAGCCUGAUAUCGUGAGACUCGUGGACGUCCGUCAGCUAAAUUGUUAUCACGGAGACGCGACCGCAAUUGGCGAGGUCGCUGCGGGAGAUACCGGCGUCUGCCUCGGCCCGUAUGGUGGGGGCUAUGAGCGAUGGUGAAAGCGACGAUGGCAAGAGGGCGUCGAAAAAGCGCAAGGCCAGCCGCGCUUGUGAUCGCUGCAACUCGCAACACCAGCCGUGCGAUAACGCGGCCCCCAAGUGCAGCGUCUGCGUGCGCGCGGGGACAGAGUGCACGUAUAACCGACCUGUGCGCAAGAGAGGUCCCCGAAGCGGAUACACCGGCCAGAACGGCGAGCGCCUGUGGGCUAUAGUGCUCCAAGCAAGGCCGGAGCUCGAGGAUAUCGUUCUGCAGGUCUUGCGCGGGGGCACGUACGGCGGUACGGGCAUCCCCAAUCUGGAUUACUUCAAGAACAACGACAAUCAAGCGGAACUCGUCAGCAGAUUCAACGAGAGUCGCCUUGGUAGAUACUUGCAAAAUGGAGAAUCUCCAGAUCUGCUCCUCCCCCCUCUGGACCAGCGUCUUUCGCCAAUCAUCUCCCAGUUGCAGGGCGAGAUCAGCUUUGGCCAAGCCGCGAACUCCCACCACCAGUCCGAGCUGGCCAAGGGUAUGUCGACUCGGUCCAACCGGUCGGCGUCGUCGGCCUCGAUGCUGCAAACCUGUCCCGUGAACCCCCACGGCGCUCCGCAGGAUCCCGGGGACAUCUACAUACAGAGCGAGGAUAUCCGGAAGCGCCCUUACCACGCGGCGCAGAACCACCAAAUGUACAGCUAUCACCCCGAUUUCCCCGAUGACGGGCCCAAUGAUUUUGGCCUGGACCGUGCUCCUAGCGGCUUGAGCGGAUCUCACGGCGCUACGCCGUUCGGGUCCAAUGGCUCCGCCGACGGCUACGGAGAGGGCCAGCGACAAACAGCUGUGCUGCCUGAAAGGCGCAUAAGCCUGAACCCGUCCGGGAACGUGCCGCAAGACUUGAACAACGCGCCUGCGACGACGCACGAAAACAACAAAACCAACCUAGACGACACGUCUCGAUGGCUUGACUCGACACCGUUUGAUACGCUGCGAAAUCUCGGUUUCGCACCCGGAGAAGGGAUGGUCGAGGACUUCCUCGAAUUAUGUGAGAACCCUGACCCUAUCGAUCACACCCCCGCCACUUCUUCCGUCGAUCAGGACGAGGACGAAGAGGCUGUCUGGCGCCGACUAGUCAUGCGGGGAAGGUUUAUAUGACCAGCAUUCCUCCACAUCCUGCCUCCGCCCCAGGUUGAGCAAACGGGACUGAGACCUGGCUCUCGAGGUACGGUCACCUUCUGUCGGUGCCUCGCGUUCAGCUGCCGUGGGGGGGGGCGGGGUAUGAAAGAUGUACAGAAACUCCCGCUCGCCGAGUUCGAAAACAGAUAGACGAACGGCAACUAUUUACGAUUUUCAUAAUUCUACAAUCUUGAGACCCGCUGACAAAGGGCCCAUUUCUCAACCACCCUCGGUCCAGGCACUCGUCGUAUUUAAACCCUUGCAGGGCCAUCCUGUGUGUGCCCGUAAGGCAGAGACUAUCUACCUAUCUAGACUGAUCUAUUGGCGAUAGCUGGUCGGCGAGGAUGUGGCUGUCGAUAUGUAAUGAGGUUAACUGGAUGUAGCUACGCGAGAACCCCCGGUGUACCUCGAAAUCUUGGUUAAGACGAAGCAGCGAAGACUAAAAGAAAAACUUGUUAAUACG